CAGCGGAGGAUUCAAACGGAACAUGGCUGCGGGUAAAGAUGUCGAUGAAAACUCCCAAAAUCCACGAGGACCAGUGAGCGGUAUGGUGGCCAAUCAGGAGGAAUCACCGGGGAGCUCCCGAGCUGGCAGACCGCCUGUCAUCUUCAACCCAGACUUUUUUGUUGAGAAACUCCGCCAUGAGAACCCUGACGUUUUCCUGGAGCUGGUGCUGAGCAACAUCACUCGGCUCAUCGACCUUCCUGGCACUGAGUUUGCUCAGCUCCUUGGCGAGGACAGCCCAAAGACGCCAACGGGCGGAAACGGAGGCUUCUUUCGCUCUUUCAACUUCCUCAAACGCAAAGAUAAAGGUGUUGUGUUUGGAAGUCCUUUGACAGAGAGCUGCAUCGCCCAGAUCUACCAGCUCAUCGAGUACCUCAGCAAAAAUCUACAUGUGGAGGGUUUGUUCCGAGUUCCUGGGAACAGUGUCCGCCAGCAGACCCUGAAGGAGCUCCUCAACAGUGGGGCGGACGUCGACCUCGAUUCUGGAGAUUUUCACCCCAACGACGUGGCCACGCUGCUCAAGACGUUCCUGGGAGAGCUGCCCGAGCCUCUGCUCACACACAGACACUUCCACGCACACCUGAAGAUAGCUGAUAUGACUCUGUUUGAUGAACAUGGAAACAAGACUGCGAUCCCUAACAAGGAGCGUCAGAUAGAGGCGCUGCAGCUUCUCUUCCUGCUGUUACCUCAGGCCAACCGCUCUCUCCUCAAACUACUGCUGGACCUGCUCUACCACACGGCCAAGCAACAGGACAAAAACAAGAUGUCAGCCUUCAACCUGGCACUCAUGUUCGCCCCGCACGUCCUCUGGCCAAGACACAUGACAGCUGGCGACCUGAAGGACAAUCUGAAGAAGCUGAAUAACAGCAUGGCCUUCCUCAUCAAACACUCACAGAAACUCUUCAGGGCUCCGGUCUACCUGCGGGAUUACGCCAGAGUUCACUUCACGGGGAAUAAAGCUCUGCACACCAAGGAUGAUCUGGAGCUUCUGGCGGCGAGCAGCUCUCCAUCCCAGAGGAAAGUUCUGCCCCUGAAGAGGACUGCUGUUUUAGGCCCUGGCUCACAGGAGCAGUACCAAUCACCGUCUCAGCAGUACACGGAGGAGGCUCUGAAGGAGCUCUUCAGACACGUCCACCACAACAUGCCCGACUCAGCCAAGAAGAAGAAGCUCGUCAGACAGUUAGUCAAACAGACGACCUCAGGGACGCCGACUAAUGAACACCAGCAGGGACCCCCGGCUCCCAGCAAGAAACAUCCCCGCUCUCGCUCCUUUGGUGGACUAAUCAAGCGUAAAGCCCGUGGUGAGCAGCUGACGGCGGAUGGGCGUGUCAGACACAUCUCCCCAGAUACAGUCACCAGGAUGAGGAGGAAAACGGGCAAAGAGAACGUCGUCCUACAAGCUGUGAACAGUCCUCUCAACGGUCCUGUUUUGGGGAAGGCGGGGCUGGUGGUAAAAAACCCAGACUUUACUUUCCAUAAGGAAAAGUGUCUGAAGAUUUCUAAGCAGGACUCACCCUCCGUCACCAGGACGUAUCUCUCCCCGGCUUAAUAAAAAGCCCCACACCUCCUCCUCCUCUGCUCGGGCAGGACAUGGGCAGUAUUAAUAUUGUUACUCCUCAUUUUUUUUAUAUUUUAGUGAAUUUAUUUAACUGUGACUAAUAUACAGCCACUGCAGUUCUGAGCCAGAAAAGCCAAACUAAAGCCAGGAACACUGAGAGAGUUUCAUAAACUUGUUUUAUGAAAUCUGUUAUUUAUUUGGCUCUUAUGUGCACUAAACUUUGAAGAUGGUAAAGUUUUUAUUCUGUGAAUCAUAGAAAAUUAUUACCACCUCAACAUGUGAUAAGGAUAUAUGUUUUACAGCAGUCCUUAAUGUGUUUUAGUUUGACUUAAAUCAUUUUGAUAUUCAGAUUCACGCUCACUCACCACUUCAUUAGGUACACCUGUUCAGCUCCUCGUUAGCGCAAAUAUCUAUCAGCCAAUCACAUGGCAGCAACUAUUGCAUUAAUGCAUGUGAGGCGUGCAGUCGGCAAAGCUUGGCAGCAGAAGAAUGGAGAAACAUCCCUGUGUCUGAUGAGUCUCAGCAUAAACAGCAUUAAAGCCUGCCAGACCACCAACACACACGAUAAAUCGCCUUCAGUUUGAGCUCCAGCUCAUUAUCCUCACCAUGCCUGCAUGCCUAAAUGUGAUUGGCUGAUUUGUGUUAAUGUGCAGUUGAACACCUGUACCUAAUGAGACGGUUGGUGAAUGUCUGUAGCUGGGUAAUAGCGUGGUUUUUUUAAAGCUUUUUUCCGUCAGAAACCUGUUUUUUUGUCAUCGAUCAGCAGCAGUCAUGAUUGAUCAGAGCCAGUUGGUUUGUCUCUUUUUCAGCUGUAAGACAAUGUUUACAAUUUUACUUUUAAUGCAAUCUUUUAAUUUAAUUUUAUUACCAGGAUGUGGUUGGACUUUACUUAAAAUGCAGCUCUUAAAACAGUUAAGCGUUUGUGUCCACAGCUGUUGUUUUUACGUUGGUAGCGCUCAUUUUUAAUAAAAAGCCAGAGUAGUCUAGUGUUUCAAUGCUCAGCAUCCUGACGCUAAAUAUCCCUCAGUGUCAGCUAUUUUUGUCGCCACGCUCUCAGAUAAAAACAGUUCAACUUGAUGCUGAUCAGUUGCGUCUCCCUCACUGGCCAGUCAAAAUCAAGACAGAGCAGAACUUUAAAUAACGCUGAAAAUCUGUCCUGUGUGUUACAGAGCGAUAUUUCCAUCUGCUGCCUGUGUCAGGAAGCAUUUCUUUCCAUUGUGUUUGUGUUUUCUUGGUCAAUUUUUCAUUGAAAAAAGACAAACUGAUGCACACAGAGCAAUGUAAAAUGAAGUUAUGGAUAUGACCUAGUAGAGCUCCUGAACAGGAAUAGGGAAAAAUUUGGUGCCGUGCAUUUCAAGAAUAAAGAAAAACCUUAUUAAGGCUCAUUCAUGCUCUACGUCUGAAAUGGAUGCAGGUGAACCUUUCUGUCUGAAAGAACUGGAAACAGCUCCGUGACCCACUUAUGGGUCCUGACCCUCUAGUUGAGAACCACUGCCUUAUAUAAUGAACAUGUGAAACUGCACUUCAUCAACAAAGAGAUUCUUGGCUCAUUGACAGUGUGGUUGUCUGAUCUGGUGUUUGUUAUCGUCUUAAGUGUUUAUUCUACCCACUCUUUACAAGGUUCAAGCCGUCGCCAAACAUCAACUUUGUUUUCCACUGAAGGCUAGUGCUAGCUCUAAUCAUGCUAACUCCAGACUCGGCGUGGUCCUGACCUGGAACUUCCUGUUUCACAAGCCAGGACAAAGCCCUGUAAGCUCCGUCACAUAGGCUUUCUUCAAAUGCCCGACCCCUUGGGCCUUCAGUGGCUGUCUGGUCUGGGACAAUACGUUUAUUUAUUAUUAUCCAGGCAUCAGUAGCUGGCGUAAGCUCUUCUGCCAUCCAGCGGCUGGUAGAGCCUGGGUUUGUGUUUUAUUAUGGUGGAGAGGGUUAGUGUUCUAGAAAGAAUACUGUAGUAAAGACACGAAAACUCAUUCGGUGACCCCCUCUUCAAAAAAAGAUCUCCUGCAUGUGAACUUUGGGAAUGACUGGUCUGGUUCACUCAUUCUGAAGUCUGGGUCGAGACCCACAGUUGGAUCCAAGGACAUUUUUUGGGGGUCACCAAGUGAGUUUUUCCGAAUUUCUUUGCUGCCGUAUCUAAUGUGACAUUCAUGUCUGCAGUACACAUGUAGGGGGCGUCACCCUACCACACACAUAAUAAAGCACAAAACAAGACUCUGGAUGGCAGAGGAGCUAAAGUCAGUUAUUAAUGAUGGUCUGAUUAAAAAAAGAACCACGUUUCAGAGCAGACAGAAGGCCUUAGGGGUUGAGCACACUCAGAAAGCCUCUGUGACCCAGGUGACAUGGUCUCCUUCUGCCUUGUUUAACAGAAAUUGUCAGGUCAAGAAGAGAUUGAGUCCUGACUGAAAUUUAACAUUGUCCAAGCUAGCAUCAGCCAUUGGCUCAAAAACCAGCCAGGAUGUUGCAGAAGAAAGGCUGGAUAACAAAUAACGUGUGGGAAAACUAAGCUGUUGAUCGCGAUGGCUUGUGCCUUAUAAAAGAAGAAGUUUGGGAAACCCUGGCCAAGCUAAAGAUUUAACUUUGCUGUCAAAGUGUCAGCUUUUUCCUUGAAAGUGCAUUUCAACUUCAUGCUCCAAAUUUGGACUUUUUUCCUAAUUAUUUCCACUUUAUUCCUGAAGUAGACAGCAUUGUUUUCCCCUCAGCCCUGGCCCUAAUCCUCCUUCCUAGAAAGCAGUCUACUUUUGUAAUCUAAUAACAAUAAAUGCUGGUGAAGAGUGCUCAGAAAUGAACGUUGUGGACACUACCAGGGCAAAAAAACAAAAAAAAACCCAUCUAAGCCCAAAAAUAGUUUUUUAAUCUUAGUUUUGCCUGUUUUUCUCUGUAAAUAGAUGAGAUUGGACUCAGCGGAGUGUUUCUGUGACAGUAACUUCAGUAACUUAAUGUGACAACCAUAUUUUAUUAACAUGUGGGUGAAAUACAAGCUGGACUUCUUUAAAUGACCUCUGAAUAUCAGAGAAAUUAUCAGUAAAUUAUCUAUCAGUAACACUAACUACCUGAGUGGGUGAUGUGCCAUUUAAUGCAUUCAUACACUGUGCACCUAUGUAACGAAGCCUUUAAUCACUUGUCCUCUAGAGGGCGCUAUAGCUUCCUUGUGAACUCGAGGACAAGUAAGAAGUCUUAAAGUGUUUUACGUUUGGCCGUAUAAAAAUUCAGCUGUCAUAUAACAGCUCUUAUUAAUAUAAUAUUAACUUAUUUAUGCACAUAAACAUGAAACAUUGUGGGUUAUAUUUUAGAUUUAACAACAAGAAAAGGUACAAAAAUGACUGCUGUAGCUUAAAUCUGGGAACCAUUUAAAUAUGUGAGUCAGGGCUGAGAUUUGAGUGUUUUGAGGUUUUCUUGGCUUUGGUUUGGCUCUGCUGGAAUCAGAUCUGCUGGUGCCAGUAAACACUUGAAUGUUUUUAUCUACUGUAUCAGUGUCUAUGAGCGCUAGCAUGCUGAGCUAACAGUGACGUAGAGUGUGUGUAAAUGUUGUACAGCCUGUCUGUCCGUGUGUUUCUAUGUUUUUAGACUUACUGGGAGCUGUGGUGCUUGGUACGCUGUGUUUACUGGAUCUUUUUAUGUUUUUGUACAGGAUGAGUGAGCAGGUCACUGUAUGUUUUAAUGCUCCUUUUUAUGCAAACAAGACUUUAUUAAUAAUCCUGUUUUUUCAUACCGUUCAUCAUUAAAUAAUCAGUGCGUUUACAUGCAGUAGAUAAAUUUAGAUUACAGUGCUAUUCCAACAAAAACUGGACCUUUAAAUCCAUGCAAAUGUGUUGUUGGGACUCCCAUUAGAUUCUUUUAGGUUGGGACAAACGUCUAAAAAUGUGGUUGGAGAUCGAUUUACUCCUGGAUGUACUCACAGCCUUAACCACGUAUAGUGGAGUCAGUCAAAUCAGUAAAAAGAUUCUCCUUCAUUGCUGGCAUACUGGGACAGGAACAUUCCAGUUCAGUCUGGUCACUGAGCUACAACCAUAACUCGACUUAACUGUUCAUGUAAACGUACUGAAUGAUUGGGAUCCCCAUUUGUAAAGCUGUUAAAUGUUAUGAUCCUUAAAUGUCUUCACAGAAUUCUGGUUACUUCUUUAAGCCUUUUUAAAUUUUUUUUGUUAUUAUUAUUAUUAUUAUUAUUUUUUAAGUUAAUGAUGGGAAGGUUGGUUUAGUACGUUAAAAGAGGGCAGAAAUUUUAUCAUAGCGAUGGUUUUAAGUGAAGUCUGAAUUGACUGGUUGAAUUGAGCAGUAAUCUGUUACAGUCAUGGGAUGUCUAAGGUGAAGGUGUGUAAAGAAGAGAACCCAUAUAAAGAAGACAUUCGAAUGGUUGAACAUAACUCUGUUAUGGGCUUAACUUAGAAUUAAUGUGAGCAAUCCAAGACUCCUCAAAUAUCUUAAGACGAUAGUAAUGUGAUGAGGUAAUCUGAAGUAGAAGGUAAAACAUUAAAAUGUUUCUGAUAGACAACAGAGUGUGACUGUAGGUCUUCAUAGAAACCAUGUUUAGUCCAAAACUGAUCUUUAAAUGUCAAAACUGUUCUUAUGAUAACCAGGUUACACAUGGAGGACGAUUAGGGCCACUGAAAGAAAAAGUAUCCAAGUAUUCUGACAUUGAACUCAGAAUUCUGACUUUGAUUUCAGAAUUCUGUGAAUUCAGAAUUCUGACUUUCAUCUCAGUGUUCUGAUCUUAAUCUUAGAAUUCUUAUCUUAAUUUCAGUUUUUCCAACUCUGAUCGCAGAAUUCUGACUUUGAUUUUAUAAUUCUUACCUUGAUAUCAAAAUUCUGACCUUAAUCUAUAUUUCCAACCUAAUCUCAGUAUUCUGACUUUGAUCUCAGAAUCGGAAAAAGACGCUAUACUUUGUAAAUUAAAAAAAUCUACUAGCCAUUAAAAAAGAUGGAUAUUAAGUGGCCCUAGUCCUCUUUCUUACUUACAAAAUGUGAUUGUCAUGAUAGCAGAGUUUGAAACUUUGAAACAAUUCUGAUAGAAAAUCAAUCAAACGAUUUCAUUAAAGGGCAACAAAACCAGAAGCCCUGGGCCCCCAGUAUCCUGUUAUCUCUAAGUAUAAAAUGCCAGGUAAAACUUCACUGCACUGUCUAAACUGCACUAAUGUGUUAUGAUGCCAAAACAUUGCCAGUGGAUUUGUGCAGUAUAAACAUUGUGAUGGAGUCUGUUUGGCAGUUUUUGAUGGAUUCACUCUUCUCUGAUGCACCUUUCUCUGAAGAAUGUCUUGUAUAGUAACUUUCUCCAUGGCCUGACUUAACAGAUUCUGCUCAGUUUUGUUAUAAAGUGGGUAAAGAUGCACCAGUAAAUGUCCCAAAAACUUAGCAGUUAGGAGCUCAUGUACUGUCCCAAACUUUACAUCCUGAGUGAAGGAAAAGCAUCCUUCUUUUAUGACUGUACACAAAGUCAGGAGGGAUCCACUGCCCCACUCAGUCGAUCUUCUGCUAGAUUAAAUUUCUUGCUUAAAUGAUGGCAGGUGUCUUGUUCUUACACUUCUUAAAUAUGUUAUUUUUCUUCCACUGGUGUUUGGAGCAUUUCUGGUGCAUCCUGAGUUCUUGAAGGUGUUGUGGAUGUUGUUUUGAGGGGAUAUAUGGAAGUGUAUGAAGCUGUCGACUGAUGAAAAGGGGACCCAAAACCCUUUACUUCCUUUAGUUUAGAGUCUAAUAUCAAGUACUGAAGGUAAUUUCGUUCUGUGGUGGUAAAGGUUUUACUGCUGACUGAAUUUGAAAGAAACAAGCUUUUCACACUAAACUGGGAUCUCUAAGGUUUCUUUUCCUCCCUCACAGUCUCAGCUAAGAUGUUUUAACGGAGAGAAAUUUACACUCUGCUGUUGUAGAAUAAGACUCUGUUUACCCUUGGUAUUAACAUCCAUGCUGGGUACCUGCAGUUUAUCUCUGAUCUGAAUCAUGGACUGAUUAGUUACUUUGUUGUAAAAUUCCCUUAAAUUUAGUCUGUGACCCUGUUUAUAGCACUCAACAGUUCCCGCCCAUACGAAUGGAUGGGGGCAAAUUAGCCACGAGCUAAGACACUCGCAGUGAGUGCCUCUUUAACAGCUUUUCCUCCCCUGUUUUGUUAUUAAAAUGCUUUAAAAUGAAACGGUGAUAAACUAUUUUAUAAACUAACCUUGUGGGGUGAUUAGAUCAGCAUAACUCCUCAGGACAGACAUAAAUAACCCAAGGUCAAUCCAGACAUCUAUGAGAAUGCUGUAUGGGCUGUUACGUGAGUUUUUACUGGGGACAGACUGGUCAUGUGAAGUAUGAACGAUGGUACUAGUCGACCAGUUAACCAUGUGUCUGAUUACCUGGCAUGAAUGUUGAUGUUGAAUGUAGACAGAGCUAGAACUGCCUUUUGAAUGGGAGAAAUACUCAGAGACAUCAUGAGAUGUAAACUAUUUUUUUUUAUGCAGCAGUUUUUCUGUUGGCUGUGAAACCGUCUUAAUUUUAAAACACAGUCUGUUUCGUUUGUGUACAUGUUUGUGUUUUAGCAUUAAUAUGAAACACUGUUACUGAUAUCUACUCCAACAUGGUCACUCAUCAGUUCCUCUCCACACUCAGAGCACUUCCUCUACAGAUGAAAUCAUGAAUUUUAAACCCCUUUUAAUGUUUUCCUUUAAAUAAUUAGUUGCACUAGUUGAUGGGAGAAACGUCACAUGUUCACUGAGUUUGUGUUUUAAAGGGGGGAGACUGUUUUUCUUUGCUAGCACGGCUUCUGUUCGGCUCAUGAUGAACCCGUCUGUGAAUGUUUAAGCGUGUGGUUCAGUCUGUGGUAACCUGUCUGUUUGUAUUCUAGUGUAAAAUAAGUUAACCCUGUACAGUUGAUUUCAUUCAUCGCUGA